ACUAUUUUGUGGAUUCUGUUUAACUUGACCGCAGUGCGGAGCAGGACCUCCGAAGAAAUUAAACGGAGAGUGAACUGAGCUCUUGUAUUAUUUUUCUGGUCCGUUUUCUAUCAGUUUUGGGGUUUGACAGUUGUUUUAGUAGCCGCGCAUCUGUUCGCUUCGUCUGGACCACGUAAACUCCGCGCCGACAGACAAAAAUGGAUAUAGAGAAGGAAGUAAAGAAGAUGACCCUCGGGCACGAGUUUGGGGCUGGAGCGGCCUGUUUGAAAUGCAAGGACAAGUGUGAAGGCUUUGAACUACAUUUCUGGAGAAAAAUCUGCAGAAACUGCAAAUGUGGCCUCACAGAGCACAACGUGCAGAUGAACUCGGAGGAGAACAAGAAGGUAGGCAAGCUGUUCGAGGACACCAAGUACACCGGGCUCAUCGCCAAGCUGAAGACGGACGGCAUCCCCAGCUACCAGGGCAACAUGGUGACCAUCACUCUGCCCAGUUCUGGCACUGCUUACAUCGUACCGCCGAGUGCCUCUUCCACUGUGGUGCCCCCCUCUGCCACGGCUGGUUCUGUGCAGCCUGCCGGAGCCACUGCAGGUUCAGCAACCAGCAGCGCUCAGCCCCAGCCGCAGCCUCAGUCUCAGCCUCAGCCUCAGCCUGUACCAGCCAGCGUCACACCUGUCAAGGCUAACAAAGUGCCUGUUACUGUCAGUGCCUCAUCAGCCAUUUUGGUACCAGUCCCCAAAGAUGUGCCAAUGACGUCUGUCACCUAUGAGUGGGCACCACCAGUAGCCAAUAAGUAUCUGGCGGCGCGUUACAUCGAGCUGCUCCCGCCAGAGAAACGUCCGGUGGCCGGGUCAGAGGGAGCCGCUUACCGUAGGCAGCAGAUGGCCCGCCAGCUGCCCGAGCACGACCAGGACCCGUCCAAGUGCCACGAGCUGAGCCCCGCCGAGGUCAAGCUAAUGCAGCAGUUCGUCCGCAAGUACAAAGAUGAGGCCCUGGGGGUCGGAGAUGUUGUGCUGCCUGAAGAAAUGGCUCUGGUUCAGGCAGGAGGGCAGGGAGGAACUGGUGUUGGGGCUGGAGGUGGACAUGGUUCUAGGGGGGCAGGGUUUGGACCGGGAGUUGGAGCUGCUGGGGUUGGAGCUGGUGCUGGUUCUGGGCCAGGGGCUGCAGGCCCAGGUGUUGGGCCUAUGGCUGGUGCUGGUGCUGGUGCUGGCUUUGGACCUGGAGCAGGAGGUGGAGGAGCUGGAGCUGGUGUUGCUGGACCACUUUCAGGGCCUGGGACUGGACUGGCUGGCUUUGGGCCAGCUGGAGGAGCCAUGGGUACUGCUGCCACCGCUGGAGCUAUGGGCCUCCCUGGAGCUCAGCAAGCUGGACUACCACAACAGGCCUUUUCAUGCAAUCACUGCCAGCAGCCGAUGCGUGUGGGCGAGCCAGCUGUCUAUGCUGAGCGGGCCGGCUACGACAAAAUGUGGCACCCAGCAUGCUUUGUGUGUUGUACCUGCAACGAGCUACUGGUGGACAUGAUCUACUUCUGGAAGAAAGGGAAGCUGUACUGUGGACGGCAUUAUGGAGACAGCGAGAAGCCGCGCUGCGGAGGCUGCGAUGAGCUGAUCUUCAGUAAUGAGUACACUCAGGCUGAGGGCCAGAACUGGCAUCUGAAGCACUUCUGCUGUUUUGACUGUGACUGCAUCCUCGCCGGAGAGACCUAUGUCAUGGAGAAUGACAAGCCUGUCUGCCAGCCUUGCUACAUGAAGAGCUACGCUGUGAAAUGCUCCUCCUGCCAGAAGGCGGUAGAGCCCGAGGCCCAGAGGGUUUCCUACGGCGAGUACCACUGGCACGCCGAGCCGCAGUGCUUCAAGUGCUCCGGCUGCUCCAAGUGCCUGGUCGGCCAGCGAUUCAUGGCAGUGCAGCGCUUCCUCUUCUGCUCUGUGGAGUGCAAGAAGAAAACCAUGGCUUAGAGGGCCAAAACAACGCCAUCCAUCUUCUCCUCAACCACUUGUGAAACCAGGAUGGGUUCGGCUAAGACUAGAACCCGAGCAGGGAAAACAAACACUGCGCAUGGGAAGGGAUGGAUUGUGGUUGUGUUAACAUAGAAUAGAGUGCCUGAUACCUCUGAUAUAGAGAAGUGCCAUAAUAGUGAGUCCAUUUGCCUUUGGGUGCUCUUUUCUUUUUGUCCACAGUAUUGAUAAAUCCAUCUCAAUUAGACACCUAAACUCCUACCUUCCAGUUUAUCUGCCUUUUAAAAUCAGUCGUCUUAUUUCAACAAGUCAAAUUUUUUACUGCUUUUCUUGCACUGUUUUCUAACUGAAGAGAUUCAUUUUGUUUUGGUCAGAGUUUUUGCGAUCUAGUUUUUUUUUAAUGUUAAACCUGUGUCUUUAAUGGUAUCAGUGCUAUGCUACUCCUAUAGAACCUACUGUUGAUUUAAUAUGCCAACAUUUACUGCUUCCUUCAUACAAAAACUACUGAUACUCACUCUCCUCUGUCUUUGCUAUGACAAGCAAUAUUGGCCCGGUUUGGGGUUGCUUUGCUUCCAGUUCACUGUAUUCCAGAUCUGGAAGUACAUUGCCCCAUAUCUGAUAACAGAAUAUUUGGCUAAUGUAGUUGUUUUAUUGCACAUAAUCCAAUAAGGUGAAUAGUAGUGUUUUCAUAGUAGUUUAGGGGAACAAAACAAUGUGAACAUCUUCCAGUGUACACCACCAGUUACCAGUUUAUGAGGUACCCAGUACAAACUAUUGCUUUCCCAACAACAGGCCUGUAAUUAAGUGGUGGUAUAUAGACAGGUGUAUGACUGGUCUACCGUCCACCUUGUGUAUGUUAAUGGGGAUGAACAAAGUGCAAAAAUAUAUGGAUUUUUGCAAGUAUAUUGGAUUGCAUUGCCUUCUACUAAUGAACUGGUAAGCCUGUGUAAUGCAGUUCAAUCCAGUCCAAUAAUACUGCAAACUACAUACUCAGAAAAUGCUGUAGAAUUGACAUGACCUUCAGAAAUAUCCAGCUUCUGUAUUAUUCAAUUUCACAGGUGUUUGGAUCUCCAUUAGCUUCCAUAAAGUGAUCUCUAGCCCUGGGUCCACAUAUUAAUGUAAUUUAAAUAAAUGAGUAGUGAUUACAAGCUAAAUAAAACAUGUAUAAUUCUGUAUAAAUAAAAGGAAAAACGCAAAACAAUCAUGAAGUGCAGAAAAUACAUUUUCUUUUUCAUCCAAUUCUACCUAGAUCAUCCACAGGGCUCCUGGUGAAUAUAAACACUGUCAAGUUGUUGUAUAGGAAUGGCAUGGUCCCCAAGGACUUAGUUGUGUCCUAUUUUUGGUCUUUUUUUUGUGCCAUGUGUUUUCCCUUUCAUGCAAUAAAGUGCACUUUAAAUGAC